GGUUCGUGGCUUGUGUUUUCUUAGGCUGCUUUGCGAUUUUUAGAGAAAUUAUCCGUGUGCUUAAAAGGGGUGGAGUGUAAUUUUUAAAGCGAGUGAAGUUUGGGGGAAAAAAUGUACACAGUGCUGUGAGUGUGUGAUUAAUUAAAUUGCUGAAAAAAGUCAUCAUGUCGGAGAGUAGUAAAGAAUCCGAAAGAAUUCAGAGUAACCACGCGUGAUCAAUGUAUUUCUCAAAUCCAGUGACAGAUAUCAUAAAUUCAGACCAUUCGCUUACCGAAAACUUUGAUUCACACGAUUCUCUAUUAAAAAUGUUGACCUAACGAGCCGAACUAUACAUCUCAGACGAAUUGGAGAAAAUCAAUAUUUAGAAAAAAAGAAGCGAAUUCCACGACUGUCAAGAAUCAAGAUGCUGCAACCUGAAGCGGAUGAGUUUGCGAGCGAAUGUCUGGAUUCGUCAGUGCUGGAUAUGGACGAGGAGAUCGAGAGCAUGAGGCAGCAUCAUCGGGAGAGAUGGAAACGACAACAGGAAACUAAGCACUCUAGAAUUGGCGUGUUUUUUAGAAGAGCUUGGUGCAAGUUGAAACCCGGCUAUAGCAGCAACGGAGAUUCCGGAUCAUCACUUAAGGACGACUUCUUUUACCGUAAGUCAAACUUGAGCUAUGUAGUGUUCUUCCUUACCGAUAGAUGCUGUGUUUCAUACUGCUGA